AUGGCUCCUCCUAACCAAGUACUUCCGUUCCCAGAUGCCGGACCAAGCACCGAGGAGACAAUGGCCAAUAAAGAGGGCGAGCCAAAGUUCAAAUUGUCGUUGAAUAUGAACAAAGUCGAGUUUCCGUUCACUCCAAUCGGAAAACCGUCAUACGUGUCUCUUCGUCUCCACAACCCAUUACCACACCGUAUCACAUACAAAGUUCGUUGUACAUCUGCUGAAGUGUUCAGAGUUCAGCCACCAGUUGCAUUCGUCAAUCCGAAUGGAUGUUCCACUAUUACCAUCUGGAAUGCAAAUACAAGUGACAAGGAGAAAAUGGAGAAGAGACAUUACUUCGCAUUCUAUCACAAGGCUGCUUCUCCAAGUGCAAGACUUGCUCCGCCCCUCUGGAAGAGUGGAUUGAAAGAUGCGGAAGGUGUUCGUCGUAUUCCGGUUGUGUUUCUCCCUGCUCCUGGAACCGCUCCUGCAACUGGAACGACUCCAUCAGCAGCACCCGCUCAGUGA